AUGGCUCGUGAUCACCCUACGCAUAUCGAAGAUGGUGAUGGGAAUGAGUGGGAUGAUGGUCAGGACGAUAACCAAGACGCCACCCAAGAACACUCGAACACAGAAGAAUUAGCACCGCUCAACCAAUAUGAAGGAUGGGAUUCCGCUCUACCAGAAAUCGAGGAAACUCAACCUCGCAGUUCCGUGCCAGUUGGACACGUACCGGCAAAUCCAGAGAGCCAGUCCUAUUUCCAUUAUUACAGAACAGGCCAGGAAACUCGCAGUGAUAAUCAUGACUAUUAUUAUCCUCCUGCCUCAGGGCUGGAUUACAGCCAGAUGGCACCUCCUCAGGCUACUGCUAGAGAGCAUACUGAGUCAUCUUCCGCGAGAUUACAUGCGGAACCUAGCACGGAUUCGCAUGAUACUUCUACUCGACCUGCCAAGAAAUCGUCUCAUCGAGACAAGAGUGGUAAUGUAUCAAAGGCAUCAAAAUUAGCAUCUGGAAAAAAGUGCUCUGUGUGCUCGAGCUCAUUCAGAAACAACGCAGACUUGGAACGCCAUAAGCGGGUGGUACAUGGAGAUGUUCUGAAAUUCAAAUGCGAUUAUAGGGGGUGUCUACACGAAUAUUCGCCUGUACGUCUAGAUCAUUACAGGGAACAUCUGGAGAAAUUCCACAAGGAGGAUCUGCCGAAGGGUUCAAACGGAUACAGUGAUGAGUGGUGGGCUAAGUGGUGGGCUGAAAGGGAUAUCAGGGAGGACUGGUGGAGAUGUAACAAAUGUCUGACGAGAGUUGUUAAGGGGAAUGAGUGGGUGUGUUUGAAUUGCUCUACUUACUGCAGUCAAGAGCGUAUUGACGAACGGGAAUCCCGGUUUGGUAAUUCAAUGCAAAGCGAGCCGCAUGUACCGACUACCACGGAUUAUGCUCCACAAGCAAAUAUCCCAGAUUCAGCGUAUGAAGAAGCAAACCGCAGCCAGUCCAACAUCCCACUCGCGCCAGUAGCAACGACAUCUGCGUUACCUGAUCCAAGUCAAGACAACGUUCUGCAUGGUUGGGUAGAAGAAGUGGUGAUGCUGGAAAGAUAUGUUGACAUUGAGUCUGGCGAAGAAAUGUACAUUCUGUGUCGCGAUAACAACCGACGAAUAGUGAAACGGGCGAGCGAGUGGUCAGAGGGCCAGAUUCGUCCUGAUGGUGUAAACGCGGAGCCUUGCUUUGUGCACAGAGAUCAGGGGGGAAGGAUAUACUGGACGAAGACUUUCGAUGUCAAGGGGAAGGGUAGACGGUAG